AAUUCUGCCAAACAUCUGGCUGGGAAGUUGCCCUCGGCAGCUGGAGCAUGUGACCGUCAAGCUGAAGCAUGAGCUGGGCGUUACAGCUGUGAUGAACUUCCAGACGGAAUGGGACAUUGUUCAGAAUUCCUGGGGCUGCAACCGCUACCCGGAACCUAUGAGCCCCCAAAUCCUCAUGAAACUGUAUAAAGAAGAAGGUCUUGCCUACAUCUGGAUGCCAACCCCAGACAUGAGCACUGAAGGAAGAAUACAGAUGUUGCCACAAGCUGUCUGCCUUUUGCACGGGCUACUGGAGAAUGGGCAUACGGUCUAUGUUCAUUGCAACGCUGGCAUUGGCAGGUCUACAGCGGCUGUCAGUGGCUGGCUGAAGUACGUGAUGGGAUGGAGCCUGCGGAAAGUGCAGUACUUUUUGGCUUCCAGGAGACCAGCUGUCUACUUCGAUGAGGAAGCCCUAAUUAAUGCUGAAGAUGAUUUCUACCAGAAAUUUGGGCAUCUUCGUUCCUCAUGUAAAGUACAAGACUAG